AUGUCGACUUCAAGAAAUACCCUAUCGAAUCAUGAUAAUGAUAGUGAAGAUUCAUUAAUUGAAGCAUUUGAAACGACAUUGAGUAUUCGUCCUACAACAACUGAAUAUGAAGAUAAUGACAUUUCUAUAGACCAUACCACUUUACCCCAUACUACCAUAAACAGUAUAAACUAUACAAGGGAUGCCAGCAUUGUUGAUAUUGAGGAAUUGGAAGAAAAUGAACAAAUCCUGGAGCAAAUCCCCAAAUUCAAAACCAAAAGACGAUACAGUUUACUUCCUAAAAUCACUGCAUUUAAAAAAACUGGUUCUCCGGGAUUAGAGGAAUAUUAUAAUCAACAGAAACUUGACCCUAAAUUUGAUGCUAUUUUGAAACCAUCAGUAUUACUCGAUGAAUCAUUAACUAAAUAUAAUCAUGCAUUUGACGAAUUUUUACGUUCCAACCCACAUAUUGAAAAGGAAUCACCUAGAUUUAUUCAUGACUCGAAUAAAACAUUAAUUGUACUAUCACCAUACUCUGCAGAACAUGCUUUCGGGAGAAAAUGGGUCACUAAAUCAUAUUUAUCGACAAUUUUCGAACGUCCACAAAGAUUAUUAGCGAGUUGUAUUGGUGUUGCAUCAGCGGUAUCAAUGUUUCCCUUUUAUUAUAAAGUGACAAACUCGACCAAGCGAGGUUCGGUAUUUUCAUCGCAUGUUCGUAAAAUUCAUGGUCGUAAUUGGCCGAAAAAAUUGUUUGAAUUGUGUCUCGAAUCACAUGAAAAAUUGAAUAAUGACGAAUUGGAAGUACCAGAAGAUUGGAAUGUUGGAGAUAUUUACUUGACUCCCAAAACUAUAAACGCUAUAGAAGGAGUGAUUGGAACCAUUGAAACCGCCAUUGAUUCUUUAUUUCUGAAAAGAAAGAAAGAGAAUCACAAUCUUGCAUUUGUUGUCAUUAGACCACCAGGGCAUCAUAGUCAUGCUUGUUUACCUAGUGGGUUUUGUUUAUUGAAUAAUGUUCAAAUAGGUAUAGAAUAUGCAUUUGAACAAUAUGGCGUAACUCAUUGUGCCAUUUUAGAUAUUGAUUUGCAUCAUGGUGAUGGAUCACAAGAUAUAUGUUGGGAACGAGCAGGGUUUACUGGAGAUUAUGGUCAACAAGAAGAAGAUGAAAUAGUUGAUCCUAAAUUGAAUCCACGUGAUGAUUAUGGGAAAAGAUUUGCUACUUAUCCUAAAGUUGGCUAUUUUUCAAUCCAUGAUAUCAAAUCAUAUCCCACUGAAAUUGGUUAUGCAACAAAGGAGAAUAUUAAAAAUGCGUCUACUUGUAUUAUGGAUCAUGAUCUCAAUAUAUGGAAUGUCCAUUUGCAAGAAUGGAGCAAUGAAGAUGAAUUUUAUAAACAUUAUCAAACCAAAUACGUUGCGAUAUUGAAUAGAGCUAAUCAAUUUUUAAACAGUGCCAAAAAGCAAUAUGAACAAGAAUAUGAAGAAUAUAUUGAGAAUUUGGGUAAAUAUAACAAAUACUUGUUGAAACCACAUUUGUUUAAUCUGCCAUUAACUAAGCCAACACCACCUCCUCCUUUUAAACCUUUGAUUGCCAUUAGUGCUGGGUUUGAUGCAUCACAAUAUGAAAACCCUCAAAUGCAACGACAUGGGAUCAAUGUCCCCACGUCAUUUUAUUCAACAUUCACUAAAGAUGUAGUUAAAUUAGCCAAAAUUCAUACCAAUGGCAAAGUAUUAUCAUUUUUAGAAGGUGGAUAUUCGGACGGUGCUCUUUCAACAGGUAUAUUUUCACAUUUAAUUGGAUUAAAUAAUGAUGAUGAAUUUUUAUGGAAUCAUUCCUGGGGAUCACAACAAGUUAUGAAAGAAUUAGUUAAAGGAUGUAAAAAAAAUUGGACCCCAUAUAAAAAACCACAAAGUGAUAUAACAAUUUGGGCCAAUGAAGUAAUUAAAUUGGGUAGAGCCAUGAUGCCCAAUGCGAUAUUACCGACAAAUUAUGUUUAUGAUGAUCAAACUAAACAACUGAAUAGGCCAAUGAAUAAAAUGGUGAAAGAAUUGAUGGAUUCCAGAGGAAAAGCAGUUGAAGUGGAUAGUCCAAUAAGAAAAGACCCUGAAGAUGACAGGAAAGUUAUGAGACACACACGGUCAUAUUACAAGAAAGUAUCCAAUAUAUAG